GCAAAACAAAAUUCAAAACCCAGAACCAAAAUUAGUCCUUUAUAUUAUGUGACUUAUCUAAUUUUUCCUAAGGUAUAUAUGAACUUAGCCUUUUAAUUGUAUUUAUAAAAUAAAAAAUAAAAUAAAAAUAGUCUUCACUAUAACAUAUAGAAAAAAAAAAAAGUUAAAUUAUAUGCUUUAUUUUACCACGAUGUAGGAAAAACAUCUAACCGUCUAGCUCAUAAGCACCAAAACAAACAUACAUGCACGUUUUGGUAAUUUUGUGCUUUAAUUUAUUUCCCAUUUGGAUUGGGGUUGUUUUUCCUUUUGUUAACUAGAUUUCCUUAUGCUUCCUCGUUGCAUUAGGAUUUCCAGUUCCUAGAACCAAUAUAUAUACUAGGCCUAGCCUAAUUAGAAUUGUGUAUCAUUGAAACUCGAGGCAGCUUAUCGCAAUAACAAGAUGGCUGGAAGAACGACAUGCAUGGUCAUGCCUGCAGCUGGGUUUGUAAUUAUAACAAUUCUCCUCGCUGCUAGUACCACCGCCGCCGACGAUUCGACACCGAUACCUUCUGAUGGUUCCCAAGUGGGCAGUUGGUUCGAUAACAACGUCAAGCCUUUAGCAGAACGCAAGGGCGCGCUUGACGCCGCCCUUGUGACGGCUGAGGAUGGUCCAAAACUUAUCAAGGUCAUGAAAGAUGGAAGUGGAAACUUCAAAACCCUCACGGACGCCAUUAAUAGCAUCCCUGAGAGGAACACCAAGCGUGUGGUUGUGUACAUCGGAGGUGGAGUGUACAACGAGAAAAUCAAUAUCCCACAAAAUAAACCAUUUGUGACGUUGUAUGGAUCGCCAAAAAAUAUGCCAACUUUGAUGUUUGAUGGUACGGCUGAGAAGUAUGGGACUGUCUACAGUGGUACAUUGAUUGUGGAAUCUGACUAUUUUAGGGCUGCUAACAUUAUUGUUACGAAUUCGGCGCCAGAGCCGGAUGGGAUAAGGUCUGGUGCGCAGGCUGUUGCAUUGCAGAUCUCCGGGGACAAGGCAGCCUUCUACAAUUGCAAGUUUAUUGGAUUUCAGGACACUCUUUAUGAUUACAAGGGCUUGCAUUUCUUCAAGGAUUGUUACAUUGAAGGCACGGUAGAUUUCAUCUUCGGAAAAGGAAAAUCUCUCUACUUGAACACUGAGAUACAUGUCCUAGAGCGGAAUAUUACGGUGAUAACGGCACAACAAAGGGAUGCUUUGGAGGAUAAUGGAUUUUCAUUUGUGCAUUGCAAAAUAACUGGCACUACAUAUGUGAGGAGUACAUACUUGGGCAGGGCUUGGGGGAGCAGCCCCACUGUGGUGUUUGCCUACACCGACAUGGCCAACGUCGUUCAUCCUGAACGAUGGAAUGACUUUGGCCACCCCGAACGUUCCAACAAUAUGUUCUAUGGAGAGUUUCAGAAUUCGGGUCCAGGGUCAAACAUAAGCGGGCAAGCACGCUACACUAAAAAGCUAAGCGAUGUAGAAGCCAAAUCCUUCCUCAGCCUUGGCUAUAUUCAGGGUUCCAAAUGGCUUCUUCCUCAUCUAAAUACAAGAUCCAGACAUAUAUAG